AUGUCUCGGUGGGAUAGUUUACCUGUCAGUACCCAAAAUGAAGAAAAUGUCAUUGCAACUACGUUUACAUCUGUAACUCAAUCGACGGAAUAUCUAUUGAGAAAUACGAUCAAUGGUUUGAUCCGGCAAGAAAUAUCAGAUUCUGGACAAAACAUUUGUUAUUAUCAGAGAAUAAACAGUCGUAUACCAGUGCCAUAUGUUUGUAACCUCGGUUGUUGUAAUCAAGGAUGUUGCACAGUGGCCAAUUUGGCGGCAACAUCGAGUUCAUUUGGUUGGGCUGUUGGCUUACUGUGUUUAGUUAUCAUAGCUGUAAUAUUUGGAGUUACAGCUAUUGGAGCUGUAUACUUAAUGAAUAAACAGAAAGAUCGAAUUCACAAGCAGCAGCUGCAUGACCAAAUGGAUGGCUCAACAAUCAGUCAGGAAUAUGGAUACAGGGACGGCUAUUGA